CGUCUUACAGAGCUACACGCGGCGGAGAGUGGCGCAAUCAAGGAGGCGUUUGGUGACCGUCUCGAACACAUGCUACAAAUGGCCGGUCUCGUAACUCGUCCAGACAAGCAAGGCAGAGGCUAUGGGACCGCGCUCAUGGCUGUAGCUAAUGCCAAGGCGGACAAACUCGGCGCAGCCACUUAUAUAUCGACCACCGCACACAAUACGGCUUUCUACGAGGGCUGCGGGUACGUUGUCGCGACGCGAUUCACGGUGGGCGAGAACAAUCCGAAUUGGGAUCAGCCGCCGGUUGUCCUCUGCAUUGUGCGUAUAUACUUGCUGGAUCACGGUCUACAGGCAUACCUGACAAGUUAUGGUUUCACCAGAUGUUCCGUGAAGCCCCGAAUGCGACUGUGUAGCCAGGACCUUGUUAUAGUGUAG